AUGCAUUCCUUCAGUAUAAAUCAAUUAGUUAAUAAUGGAUUAAUAACACUAGAUCAUAUUUCAGAGAAUGUUGUACGUCACAUGCUUGAUAUGAAAGUCUCAGAAGACUCUGCGAUAAAUAAUACGUCGAAGUUGUCUGCACAUAAAUUCAAAUUUUCUCAGCAAUACUCAUCCCGAGAACACAUGGCUCAACAAAUACUAGAUCAUUCUUCUUUUAUUAAUACAAAUAUGGCAAUGCUAUUACGAUCAGCACUAAUGUCAGGUGCUGCAUCCUUUCGUUAUGCAUUGCAUGACUUCAAAAUGAUACAUAAAAGAACAUUUGCUGAAGAAAUCAAUAAAUUUGAUAAACAGCAAAAUACGCUCUUAUGGUAUUUAACUAUAGCUGGUCUUUAUACUUCUAUUGAAGAUUUGUAUCGGUUAUCACAAGUCGAAUUAAAUAUUAACAUUAAAAACGGAUCUUUUAAUCAGACUAUACUUCACUAUGCUGUCAUGAACGGAAACAUAGAAGAUAUUCGAAUAAUACUUGAGAUUGGUAUAGAUACAAAUUUAGGGGAUCAAUCGAGUCGAACUGCUCUCCAUUAUAUAGCGCUAUAUGGCACAAAAAAUAAGAAUGAUGUUGAUAUAGCAAAACUUUUGAUUGAUCACGAAGCUUUACCUAAUCUACAAGAUAGUAAUCAUCAAACCAGUUUACAUUGUGCUAUUAGAAAAGAAAAUUAUGAUCUUGUUGAAUAUUUGAUUUCAUUACCAACCGUUAAUGUCUGCAUAAAAGAUAAAGAAGGAUAUGGUCCACUUGGCUAUUUAUGUGAACAUAUUCUCAAUUUAUCUGAUAUUUCCCUAGAAUAUAAGCAAUACACAGAUAGUCUUGAACAAAUUUUCAAAAUAAUUUACCUUAUCAUCGAUCGUUGUCCGUUCGAUCAGCUGUCAUAUAAUUUUCAUAUUACAAAAAAUGAUAAAAUGAGUGAAAAUCUCUUGUUACAUGUAUAUAAUAAAUUUACCAAUCUUAGAAUACCAAUGAAAACAAAUGCUUUAUUUCAUCGUCUACACUCAAUCGUUAUUGGCACUGAACAAGAUCAUCGUUUGCUUGUUGAACAACUUCUCGAACUUCAUUCAUGGCAAUCCGCAAUAAUUGCUUUAUCUAAUACACACAAUGUUAAUGUUUUAAAUGCACUAAUUGAAUGUAUCGCUCAUGACUCACAUGUAUUAUUAAUUCAAAAUAUUUCCCCAUCAACGUACCGCUCAUUGUUUUUUGCAUUAAUUUUUUAUGUAUUAGCAACAAAUAUGACAUUGUUACGAAAUAUUGUACCCAUGUGUAAGUUAACAAUCGACAAUGAUGAUGAAUUAUGCCAUACGUAUAUAGAUAAUUAUAAUUUACAUACGAAUUAUGUUACAUUCAUUCAUACUUGUUUACAUUAUGCACGUUGUAAUGUAUUUUCACUGAAACAUCUCUGUCGUUAUCAUAUACGACAUUAUUUGAAAUCACAUAUAAUUGAUAAAAUCGAUAAAUGUUCCUAUUUGAAGUUAAAAUAUCGUGAUUAUAUUAAAUUCAAUGAACUCUUAUUAAUCUAUUCUAAGAUUGAUAAUUUGUCGUACAUAGUUUAUCUCAUUAAACGCUUAUAUAAAAUUGAUCAAAUCAAUGAAGAUAAAUUAUUUCAAAAUGAAAUCAAAGCUAAUCUUGAAUCAUCAUCAUAUGAUUUAAAUAAAAAUGUCGACAUAUCUACUUAUUCACUUUAUUCUACUGAGACUUCUUUAGAUAGUCAUACUGAUCAAACUCUAUCCAGUAGAAGUAAUACACUAGAGAAUGACUAUGAAUCUAGUGUAGAAACUUUUGAACCCAUUCAUCAACGAACCAUAGAAGAAAUAAUGGUAGAGUCAAAUUUUUCAAUACAAAAUUCACAUGACAAUCAAACAGAAUCAGAACAUUCAUUACAACCAACAAUGAAAACAUCUAUGGCUGAAAUAAAUGUUAGAUCGAUGAUAAAACAUAAAUCUACAUUAUCAUUUUCAGAUGAUGACAAUUUAACUGUACAAUUUCAAAAUGAACUUGCUAAUAUGAAAGCUAAAUCAAACGAUAUUGAAGAAAUGAUCACAAAAUUUUUAUUAAAAAGCUAG